AUGUCUGCUAAAGGUGUACUGGGUGAAGGAGGUUUUGGAAGUGUUUUCAGUGGAAAGCUUCCCAGUAAUGGAGUUUUGGUCGCAGUAAAAGUCCUCAAGGAUUCUAAAGGAAAUGGAGAUGAUUUUGUUAAUGAAGUGGGAACCAUUGGCAGAAUUCAUCAUGUCAAUGUGGUUCGCCUACUUGGCUUUUCUGCUGAAGGAGGGAAGCGUGCUCUUAUUUAUGAGCUCAUGCCAAACAGCUCCCUAGAGAAGUUUAUAUCUUCUGCACGAUCCAACGAUACUCCAUUUGAUUGGGAGAAACUUCGCAACAUCAUCAUCGGUAUAGCAAAGGGAAUUGAGUAUCUACACCAAGGGUGCGACCAAAGGAUCCUCCAUUUUGAUAUCAAGCCUCAUAAUAUCUUGUUAGACCAUGACUUCAAUCCAAAAAUCUCGGAUUUUGGUCUCGCUAAACUCUUCUCCAAGGAAGAGAGUAUGAUAUCUAUGACUGCUGCAAGAGGCACUGUAGGCUACAUUGCCCCAGAAGUGUUCAAUGGCUACUUUGGAACCGUCUCCUACAAAUCGGAUGUGUAUAGUUUUGGGAUGCUAGUGCUUGAAAUCAUUGGAGCUAGAAAGGAAUCUGCUCUUACAUCUAACAACAGCCAGAUGUAUUUUCCUGAAUUGAUCUAUGAGUGUCUAAAUCAAGGGGAGAAACUGGAUUUAGAGCUAGGUGACGAUGGAGAUGCUCAGACUGCUAAGCGACUAGCGAUUGUUGCACUUUGGUGUGUAUUCAGUGGUACCCAGUGAAUCGACCUUCCAUGAAAGGUUGUGAGAAUGCUAGCAGGGGCAUCUGCAAACUUAAUGAUGCCACCCAAUCCGUUCGCUUCCACAACUAAAGCGGAACCAACAACAGCACUUCCAACUUAAUUUGCCCCACAUUGUAGAGCAAUUGAUUUCAGUAAUGUAAUUCUUCUACAAGUCUGUAAGACCAAUAAACAUGACAUCUAAAUUUCUAAUACAGGAAUUUGGAAAGGGCACUUCUCCAUUGAUGUUUCAAAUCAAAAUUUUUGUUGCAAAGACCUAAGUUUAACUUAUUAUGUAUGCAUGCAAAAGAAAAUUCUCUGAAACCAUUUUGAGGUAUUGGAAUUAGGUUAAGGGUUUAGCUAA